AAGAGCCAGGCCAGACAUUAUGGCGUCAUCACCAAUGCUGUUUUUGUUAACUGUUCUCCCUGUGGUCCUCUGCUACCAUUCCUCAUUCAUUGACCUGGAACCUAAAGGAGGUAACCGGUCCUCCAUCAAGUUUCUAGUUUUGGGGGACUGGGGUGGCCUACCGUAUCCACCCUAUGUCACCCCUAUAGAAACGUCCACUGCGCGUAUGAUGGCCAAAACCGCUUCUCAGAUGGGUUCGGACUUCGUUCUAGCUCUCGGUGAUAACUUCUACUACAAGGGUGUCAGUGACGUUAAUGACCCCAGGUUUCAGGAAACUUUUGAAAAUGUCUAUACUCAAGAUUCUCUUAACAUUCCAUGGUACGUCAUUGCUGGCAAUCACGACCAUGCAGGAAAUGUCCUUGCUCAAAUUGAGUACAGCCAAAAGUCAAAAAGAUGGAAUUUUCCCUACUACUACUAUGAGAUGAACAUCCGCAUUCCUAAAACGGACAGCACUCUGACCAUACUCAUGUUGGACACCAUACUGCUGUGCGGUAACUCCGAUGACUUCCUAGAUCAGCAGCCCAAAGCUCCUCGAAGUGGCGUUCAGGCCAACAGACAGCUGAUCUGGCUUCAGGAACGCCUGGCGAGAUCAAAGGCCGAUUAUCUUCUGGUGGCCGGCCAUUACCCGGUGUGGUCCAUCUCUGAGCACGGACCGACCGACUGCUUGCUGAAGAAGUUGAGGCCGCUGCUGAAGAAGUACAAAGCCACUGCGUAUCUGUGUGGCCAUGAUCACAACCUACAGUACCUCAAGGAGUCUGGGAUCGGUUAUGUGGUUAGUGGAGCUGGCAACUUCAUGGAUCCUGACGUGCGGCACCGCGGCCAAGUUCCUCGAGGCUACCUUAAGUUCUUCAACGGCGACGCAGGCACCUUGGGUGGCUUUGCCCAUGUGGAGGUCGACAAGAAACAGAUGACCGUUACGUUCAUCCAGGCUAGGGGGACUUCUCUCUACCAGGCUGUUCUUAAGAAGCGCGAUGAUGUUUUUAGAGAUGAUGAGGACGAAGAUUAAUCGGAAGAUUUUAAUGUGAUUGGGAUUUUAUUGACCCAGGUCUUUUAGCGUAAUGCUGUGAUGCUUAAUAGGAUCUUAAUUGAAAAAUGCAUUUAUUGUUAAUCUUUAACUAUUUAUUGAUUUUUAGCAUUUGAAUAAAUGUGUGGGUUUGUUUUGAGACCCUUUAAUUGUUUUAAACUAUUAAAUAACUCCGUUAAUGUC